GAUCUAUGCGGCGGAAGCCACGUGCAAUGUUUGACAAGUAGGUCAAGAAAACUUAACAGGUGAAAGUAGAGUAGUUGGGUGACGAAAUGGAGGUAUUUCGGAUGGUGGAACUGGGAACGGAGAUCGUCACCUAUCUGAUGAUGAUAAGUGGCAUACCAGCAUGUAUAGCAGUUUACAAAUCCAAGGACCCCAACAAGAUGAACUAUGUCUUCUGUCUAUUAGGACUAUUAAAUGCCUUUGCUGGGAUUGUGUAUGGACAACUACUUCAAAAUAAUUCCCUGAUUACCAUUAACUGGGUGUGUGCUGUCUUCCAAGCUGUGUUUGUUUUAACCAUCAUUCUUGUCAGCCAACCGAAGAGUAAACCUAUGACUCAGGCCACUAUGGCGGGACUAGGACUUCUGACGUUUUAUCAGUAUCUCAUCCAUGUUGUUGUCCAUGAGAAAGCCAUUCUUAAUAUGCUUGGAAUGUUCAUGUUUGCCGUUGCAACUAUUACUUGGGCGACACCAGCCUUGGAAAUUAGAGAAUGUAUGAAAAAGCAGAGUUCAGCAGACAUAUCUAUUUCCAUGCUGAUUGGUGGAAUUGCUUGUGCUUCGAUGUGGCUAGUCUAUGGCCUUAUGUUGGAUGACUUUUUUAUUUAUUCACCAAAUGUAAUUGGAUUAACAACCAGCGCUGGCAAAGUGAUGUGCUUAAUGAAGUAUAGCUCCAAGAAAAAGGCUGCAUAGCAACGAAAACUGUCUUUGAUAUUACCAAUAUUUACAAUGUAUUCUACAAAAGGUCAGAUGUGCCUUCCAUAUUUAUUAAUACUCUGUGAUUUGAUAUUUAUUAAUUAAGCUAGGAUUGUAUAUGUAUACCUGUAUCUAUAGUUUAAUUACAAGUGACCUGUGAUUGUUGAUUUUAACUUUCCUCCGAGGUGCUUUAUUGUAUAAUUUUCAUGAUGGUACUUUAUUGUAUGUUUAUUGGUAUUAUAUUUGCUCUGGUUUUUUUUGUUUGUUUGCUAGUUACAAUUUUUAUGGAGGGUUAUAAACACUAUCUUAUAAGAACAGUAGUCAAUCAGUCCAGUGGGUUUUGAACCAUAAAGUAGUAGCAUAGCUGGUAAAGUCAUGAAAUGACAAGGAGGAAGAGAGUAGUGAAGGGUGGGGUAUUAAAAAGAAAUGCUGGGUACAGGGACAUUUUUGCCCUGUAUUAUUUUUGCCCAUACAAAUUGGAAUAUGAUUUCACCCAGAUUCGAAUUAGCUAAAAGUUGUUUAUAGCCACUUCUUUAAAAUAAUGACCAUUUAGGAUAAAAGUGAAAAUUUACCCUGCAUACAAUAAAACAAACAUUGCUAGCUGGAGAAAUUCAGGUAUGGAAUAUGAGUAGAUACUGCAUGAAAUUGCUACUCUCUAAGUAUUCAUCUGAUCACUGGUUUAAUGUGGUCUGCAAGCCCAAUGAAAAUUUUACUGAUGAUGGGGUACAGGGCUAGCAUUAUGUGUUGAACCCUAUACAGUGAUGAUGUUGUUCAUUACAAUACACAGUAAGACUGGAGAUACACUGCACUAUAUUUAUGUACUACCACAUGUACUGCAAUUAAACUAACUUCCAUCACAACAAACCAGAUUGUUAAUCUGUAGCAAACAUUUCGUGAAUUUCACUAUUGACUGAUUUCGCUUUAGAUUGAUGUAUAUAAAUCAUCUUGAGGAUGAUGAACCUAAUUUGAGUUUUGAAGUUCAGUACGGAAACCUGCACAUGUAUCAAAAUAAGAUUUUUAUGGCAACUUAUUUAUAUAUGUAGAUUUUACUCUACAUAUUGAAAUAUUUGUUUUUAUCAUAUAUAUAUAUAUAUAUAUAUAUAUAUAUAUAUAUAUAUAUAAAGGUUCUGUCUUUCUUAAGACGAUGACUGUUAUUUUUCACAACUUCAGAUUACAGUGAAAAAGUUCACAGUACAUUAUUUUUGUAAAUUAAAGACUUUCAUCUACAUGUUAUCACCAAGGAUUGUUGAAAUAAAUCCAAAAUGCUGUCUAUAUUUUAUUGGGAUUAAAUUUAAAGCAUAGGUACAGAUAUUUACAUACACAUAUAUAUAUAUAUGAUCAUUUUCUUUAGAUUUUAUAGGUUAAUUGAAAUGUUACCACCGUUUUAUCUCAAAAUAUUAUAUCCCUAAUAUAUAAUGAAUAUUUGUAUGUAUUCUUUUUUUACUUCAAUGUAAUUUUUAUUCCUGUCAUUCACAUUGAUUUUUUUAAGUUUUAAGGUGUUUAAUGUAAUUUUUCAUCCAACGUAUUUAAUUAUUACAAGCACAGGCAUUCCUACCAGUGCAAUUUGAUGCAAAUCAAAUGUAUCAUUACAAGAAUGUUUGUUUCCGUUUGACAAUUGUUGAGCUUUUUAUCGAUAGGAAAAUGUUUACGCAUGACCAGAUACUAGCAAUUGAUCACCUUAUCUACCCCAAUACAAGACAGUGAUCGAAUAGAGAUCACCCUAGAUCCGAUGUUUAUAAAUCUGAUUAUGGAAUAAUGUAAGAAUACAUGCAUUCACUCCGAGAUACUGAAGAUUGGAGACAAAUUAAGUUUAUGUCUGUAAUUCUGUUUGUCAGCAAUUUUGGUCUUGGUCAUUACUAUUAUGCAAGAUAGAAGCCUUGUACUUGCAUGGAGAACUGAAAAGUCAAGGUCAAAGUUAUGACAAAUCAAGGUCAAAUUUGCCACAAUUGGGAGCAUUUUCUUAAAUUUCAAAGUUAAAAAAGUCUGCAAAAUUUUUUGCAUGUUUCCUUUGUUCAGCCAUAUACAGAAUGGAAAGAUGUCGAGUUCAAGUGAAAUGUCAUCGAUGUUUCUAUCUAAGUAUGAUGUCCAUUUUCAUUGCUUACGUAGUUUGUUGAUUUUAACUUGAAUCUAUUGGUCACUAGGUAACUGUGCUUUACUCACUGGAGUUCUUUAAAUCGGCGUGUCAUCCAUCUGUCGUUGUACACAAUUUUUUACCAUGCUUUGUUACUUUAGGUAAGAAUAACUUGAUUUCACUUGUAAAACACAAUUGAUUGGUUCAUUAGACUUGAUCAACAUUCAUUGUAUUGUAUAAACAAAGUUGCUGAUGUCUUAGGAUUGAUGUCGUAAUGCAUGUGGCUCCUCCCAUUUUCAUUUUGUUGCUACAACGAUACUGGUCUGCAUCAAAAGAAAUUCCUAUUUUCUUUAAAAUUGUUUAUCAAAUUACAUCGAAUCCGUUUUUCUAAACUGAAUGAUAAGGAUUGAAAGUAAGUUGGGACAGUUUACGGUCUAUGGAAGUGAUAUAUAAUGUUUAAACUGCCUCAGCUUACUGUUUAUCAUAUGAAACGUGUAAAUAUUGACUUGUACAAUUAAAGUAAUAUAUAUCAGCAGAUGCAAUAUUGUGUAUGAGCAUUGUGGAAUGCAAAAAUAAAAAAAUCCCAAAACUACAGCUAAUACAAUAGAUUAUACAGUAAUUGAUUACAAAACUUAAUCUGUAUAAAACUGGUAUUACCGUAAUGUUUUGUAUAGUUUCUAUGUACGACUGUUUUAGGAAUGUAUAAGGAUACAUUGUAUGGAAAUGUCUGUCAGUUUGUCCAAAGUUUACUGCUUUUUGCUUUUAAAUACGGGUAUCAUGGAUGAUGAUGCAAAGCCUUGACUUUUUACUUGCCAGUAUGUAAUUUGAAUCUACAAGUGGAGUUUAAAUUUGUACCGAGUGUGAACAAUUUUUAACUUUUAAGCAAUUUUUCCCCAUCAAUUCCACUGAUAUUAAAUGUGCAGUAAUGUAUUAUUUAUGCACUGAAUGGCAGGCUUGUUGUUGAUGAUGGGCAUUAAUAUUUUGUAAUGUUGCAUUAUAGACACUUGCUACAAAGUAUUCUGCUUCCUUUGGAAGAGUUCCAUUUUUAACUCACCUGAGUCAAGGCACUUGGAAUGGAAGUCCCACAUUACAGAAAGUGAAAGGUGACAUCUCCUUAUGAGUUAUAUAUUUUAACGGGAUCUUCAACUACUCAAUCUGUCUCAUGGGGGUGGGGUGGGGUUAUAAAAAAUACAUUUGAAACAAAACAAGUACUAUGAUAUAUUAAAUUCUAUCUGCAAUGUAAAAUUAUAUGUACAGACAACAAGCGAUUACUGCUUUAUAAAGGGGAGACAUGUAGUCCACUAAAACUGUUCCUCCUAGUUAUAUUUAUAUGUAGAAUAGACUAUUAGAUUAUAUUUUCUUAAAUAGUAAUUGAUACACAACUUACAGAUAGCAACCGAAUACUUCAUUUUAUACCAGGAGUAUAUCCAAUAAUUAAAUGCUAAAAUGUACACCGUAUUGAUGGGGAAGAAUGUAAUUGGGCAAAGGCGUACCUGUAGUAACUUGUGAAAUUUAUAAUAAUGCUUUAAGAAUUGCAUCCAUUUGUUAUACUACUGUUAAUUUCAAACUAUUCAUAGUCCUGUUUGUUUCAAUAUGAUUGUUUCAGAGAUAACUUGUGAUGAUUUAUGAAAAAAGCAAUAAAUUUUAAAAUCAUG